AUGCUUUGCACGCAUGACGCCACCAAGCAACGACUUCUGGAUACAUUUUCCAUCCCCAAGGACAUCUCGAUCAAGUCGCACUCGGCUGAAACAAGAGGGUCUGAGACGGUUCACAGACUUGAAUGGAGUGAUGGACAUGAAAGCGAAUACUCGAGGUCUUUUCUCUACCAAGCUAUGUUCGACGCGAGGCGGAAGGCUGUACAGCGUCAAGCUUUAGUCGGAAUCAAACUCUGGGACUCAUCCAUCGCUUCGGACCCACCAAAGACUCUGUAUGUUAACGCGAUGAAUCCCAACAGCAACGACCUACUUUCCAGGCUGCGCAGAUUCGGAUUCUGCUACGUCGAUGAGACGUCUUUCGAGAACCCAAAGGCCACGAAGAAGAUGCUGGAAAAAAUUGCCUUUAUUAGGGAAACGCACUACGGCGGCUUCUACGACUUCACGGCCGACCUAGCGAGCAAGGAUACCGCAUACACCAACAUCGCACUAGAAGCACAUACAGACACUACCUACUUCUCCGAUCCAGCCGGCCUACAGGCUUUCCACCUCCUUUCCCACACCGACGGUGAAGGCGGUGCAAGUCUUCUUGUCGACGGCUUCAAAGCUGCGGACGAACUCUGGCACACCGACCGCAAAGCAUAUGAGAUUCUCUCAACGGUGAAUGUUCAUGGACACGCCUCAGGCAACGAAGGCAUUUCAAUACAACCCUACCGUGGCUUCCCCGUCCUCGAGCACGACACUGCUACAGGCGACUUGCUCCGCGUCCGGUGGAACACGUCAGAUAGAGCGUCCAUUGAGCUUCCUAUCGAAGAAGUUGAGACGUGGUACGACGCAGCUCGAAAAUUUGACGCGAUACUCAAGAAGAAGGAGAAUGAGUACUGGGAACAGCUUGUGCCGGGUAGAGUGCUCAUCUUUGACAACUGGAGGGUGCUGCAUGGACGGAGUAGCUUCACAGGGAAGCGCAGGAUCUGUGGAGCGUACAUCAAUAGGGAUGAUUGGAUUAGCAAGUUCAAGAUGCGGCGUUUUGGAAAAGAGAAUGUGCUGAAGGGGUUGGCUGUAAACUAA